AUGGCCACAAAUGGUGCCUGCAUUGACCUUUCAUCUCUGUCAUGUGGAAAGCUACGGCUAAAGUUUAGCCCUUCGCUAUGCUCAAAAGAAAUGGGAUUAGGCUCCUUGUAUUGGGCUGUAAUUGGAAUUAGUACCCAUUUUUCCUCUAUCAAUGCAGCUGAUAAAGGGCCAAUCCUGUUGGUCAUGUGUCUAGAGGAUACUAAGCUCAUUGUGGGCUUCCAAGCUCCCUGGAACAUCUCAAAUUCUUUUAGUGCCCAGAGACUGGGUGCUGCCAUCCAGAUUGCCACAGAGAAGGUCAAUUCUGACCCAGUUUACUUGGGUAACUAUACCAUGGAGUUUACAUAUACCAACUCAGCCUGCAGUGCCAAAGAAUCCCUUGAUGGUUUUAUCAAGCAAGUCCAGAAAGAAAGGAUUUCUGCCCUCUUUGGACCCAUCUGCCCAAGAGCAACAGAGGUCACUGGCUUGUUGGCUUCACAAUGGAACAUUCCCAUAUUUGGAUUUGUCAGGCAAACAACUAGAUUGGAGAACAGAUUCUUGUAUGAUACCUACAUGAAUCUUGUGUCACCUGUUCAAAAAAUGGGGGAAGUACUUCAGGCAAUUCUACACUAUUUUGGCUGGAAACACAUUGGGUUGUUUGGAGGAACCUCAAGGGAUUCCUCUUGGCAUGAAAUUGGUGAGCUGUGGACAACUGUGGAAAACCAGCUCAAAUCCCAUUUUGUCAUCACUACACAAGUCAGGUGUCGUAGCAACAAUCAAGCUCUCCUUCAAGAGAAUCUCCAACUUGUAACAUCCUCUGCCAGAAUUAUCAUUUUAAUCUGCAGCAUGGCUGAUGCCUGGGCUAUUCUUCUGGCCACAGAGAUGCUGGGACUACCCCCUGGGAAAUUUGUCUUCUUCAUUUUGCAGCAGUCAGAGGAUUUUUGGAAAGAAGUGUUGACUCAUCAGAAGAAUGAUCACAUCCCCAAAGCCUUCGACUCUAUGUUUCUCAUAACUAUCACUUCUUCUGAUGAACAUUCCAGAAACUCUGAUUUCAUGAAGGAGGUUUAUGAAAAGCUGAAGGAGAAGCCCUUUUUGAGUUCCCUUUCAUCAGUGGAACAGGUGAGUGCUUAUUCUGCGUACCUUCAUGAUGCAGUCCUACUCUAUGCUUCAGCUGUAAAGGCAAUGUUAAAGGAAGGAAAGGAUUUCCGUGAUGGAAGGCAGCUUCUGAGAACCAUAAAAGGUGACAAUCUGACUGAGUUCCAUGGAAUCACAGGACAAAUCAGGAUAGAUGAGUUUGGAGAGAGGCAAGUGGAUUACUUGGUCCAUAUCCUAAAGAAAACUGGAGAUUCUUCUACUUUCAUACCUUUUCUUCAUUACAACAGCCAUAGGAAAAUAAUCAGCCCCAUGGGAGACUUCUCCAAUGGCAGCUGGCCCAAUGGGUCUCUUCCCAAAGACAAACCUGCCUGUGGCUUUUCUAAUGAACACUGUCAAACUACAUUUGUAAGUGUCACCAUGCUCAUUGUGAUAGCUCUCCUCAUCCUGGUAACAGUCUUUGGAGCUGCCAGCAUUGUAUUUUUUUUAAAGAUGCAGAAAAAGAAUCUAUUAGUACCCCCUAAUAAUGCUUGGUGGAAAAUCAACUAUGAGGACAUCGUCAUUUUGCCCCUUAACAAGCAAUCACAGAGGGGCACACCUGUGUCUAGAGGAAAUGAAAGCUGUAGCUCAAGCAUGAUGACUGCAAGCAAUCUGCGCUCAGACUUCCAGGACAAGCACGGUGAAGAAGCCUUUUAUACCACUGUGGGUCUUUACCAGGGCAAUCAUGUUGCCAUUCGAUACAUUGAAAAUGAAAAUGAAUCCUGUUUUAGGAAGCCAUCUGUUUUGCAAGAAAUACAGCUGAUGUGUGAGUUGAAGCAUGAAAACCUAGUUCCUUUCUUUGGUAUUUGCAGCGAGCCACCCAACAUCUGUCUUGUUAUUCAGUACUGCAGGAAAGGAAGUCUGAAGGAUGUUCUAAGAAAUUCUGACAUUGAAUUGGAUUGGAUAUUCAAGCUAUCUUUUGCCCAUGACAUAGUCAAUGGAAUGUUGUUUCUCCAUAAAAGCCCAUUGAACUCUCAUGGCAACCUGAAAUCUUCCAACUGUUUGGUUGAUAGUCGAAUGCAGGUGAAGCUGUCUGGAUUUGGGCUUUGGGAACUGAAGCAUGGAAGAAAGUCUAGAUCAAAGAGUGAAAAAAAUACGGACUAUUCAGAACUCUACUGGAGAGCCCCAGAGCUGUUACGGCUGGAGGAGCCUCCAGCUCACGGCACUCAGAAAGGAGAUGUUUAUAGUUUUGCUAUCCUGAUGAGGGAGCUUAUUUAUAACAAUCGACAUGGGCCCUUUGAAGACUUGAACAAGGAGGCUGAAGAAAUCAUCAAUAGAAUCAAAGACCAUACUGCUGCUGUACCUCUGAGACCAAAGCUGUCAAAGGAGAAGUGUAGUGAGAAAGUUAUAGCCAUGUUGAAGACUUGCUGGGAUGAGUCUCCAGAGAAAAGGCCAACAUUCUCCCGGGUCAAGAGAAUCUUAAGAGAAGCCAGCCCAGAAGGUCACACGAGCAUCCUGGACAGCAUGGUGAACAAGCUAGAAAAGUAUGCCAAUCAUCUGGAGGAGGUGGUGGAGGAGAGGACAACACAGCUACUAUCUGAGAAGAAAAAGAUAGACAAACUUCUGUCUACCAUGUUGCCCAGCUUCAUCGGGGAGCAGCUCAUAGCUGGGAGAUCUGUGGAACCAGAACACUUUGAUUCUGUGACCAUCUUUUUCUCUGACAUUGUUGGAUUUACGAAGCUGUGUUCUCUCAGUACCCCCCUGCAAGUCGUAGGUCUCCUCAAUGACUUGUACAGUUUAUUUGACAACAUUAUUACAACAUAUGAUGUCUAUAAGGUUGAAACUAUUGGUGAUGCCUACAUGGUGGCAAGUGGUCUCCCCCUCCGCAAUGGCAUCCGACAUGUGGAGGAAAUUGCUACAAUGUCACUGUACUUCCUUAGUGCCGUGGUCCAUUUCAAGAUUGGACACAUGCCAGGGGAAAAACUGAAGCUUCGGAUUGGCCUACAUACAGGUCCUGUAGUUGCUGGUGUUGUGGGGAUCACAAUGCCAAGGUACUGCCUAUUUGGAGAUACUGUGAAUAUGGCAUCCAGGAUGGAAAGCAACAGCCUCCCUCUUCGGAUUCAUGUUUCUCAGACCACUGCCAGUGCCCUGAAGUUCAUAGGGGGCUAUGAUCUGCAGGAACGAGGCACCAUUAAAGUAAAGGGCAAAGGAGAACAAACUACCUAUUGGCUAAAAGGAAAAGCUGGGCUUGCCAUCUCCCUGCCAGAGUUCACUGAAGAGAAUGAGUCCCAGAAAUCCUUAGGGGAGCUUCUCCUUACCAGAGAUGUCUGAAAGAAAAACAGAGACCACUUAAACAAAGCUUGGAAGGAGUCCUCUAUGAGAAGGUGCCUUCUCUCCUGGGUCAGCCACGGAGAGGGCAAUUCUGU